AUGUCCGCGCACUGGCUGCGGCGCCUGCGGCGGGGCGGCCCCGCGGAGCGGCCCGGCGGCGCGCAGGAGCCCGGCCCCGGCCCGCCGCCCAGCGCCCUCCGCUACCGCCGGCCCAAGUUCCUGCGUGGCGGCGGCGGCGGCGAGAGCCCGCGCGACGGGCGGCCCGUGCGGGGAACCGGGCCCGAGCGGCCGCUGCCCUGGGGCGCGGGCUACGCCGAGGUUAUCAACGCUGAGAAGUCCGAGUUCAACGAGGACCAGGCAGCCUGCUGCCAGCUCUCCAUCCGGAGGAGAGAGCUGGGCCUGGAAGAUGAGGAGUGGCUCAUCCUGUGCUCCACACAGUUUCUAACUGGUUAUUACUGGGCACUGUUUGAUGGCCAUGGUGGCCCAGAAGCUGCCAUCAUUGCCUCCAACUACUUGCACUACUGCAUCAAGCAGAAGCUGGAGGAGGUUGUGGGAGGCAUCACAGAGGCCCAUCCCCCGAUGCAUCUCAGCGGCCGCUGCGUUUGCGACAGCGACCCCCAGUUUGUAGAGGAGAAGCAGAUCCAGGCAGAGGACCUGGUGGUGGGAGCCCUGGAGAAUGCCUUCCAGGAAUGUGAUGAAGUCAUGGGCCAGGAGAUGGAAGCUACGAACCAGACAGGAGGCUGCACUGCCCUGGCUGCUGUUUAUUUCGAGGGAAAGAUGUAUGUGGCUAAUGCAGGGGACAGCAGGGCAAUUCUUGUUCUGAAGGAUGAGGUCGUGCCCAUGAGCUGUGAGUUCACCCCUGAGACCGAGAGGCAGCGACUCCAGCACUUGGCUUUUCUUUUCCCCAAGCUCCUGGAUGGCGAGUUCACACGCUUUGAGUUUCCACGGAGGUUGAAGGGGGAUGACGUGGGCCAGAAAGUCCUGUACCGGGAUUACUUCAUGGAAGGCUGGGGAUACAAGACAGUGGAGAAAGCCGACCUCAAGUAUCCUCUUGUCCAUGGUCAAGGCAAGCAGGCUCGUUUGCUGGGGACUCUGGCUGUCUCUCGAGGUCUGGGGGACCAUCAGCUUAAAGUCAUUGACACCAAUAUUGAAGUCAAACCUUUCCUCUCCUGCAUUCCCAAGGUGAAUGUAUUUGACUUGGCUCUGCAUGACAUUAAGGAAGACGAUGUCCUCAUCAUGGCAACUGAUGGUCUUUGGGAUGUUCUGUGCAACAAAGAGGUGGCCCAUAUGGUCAGGAGCUUCCUUGCAGAAAACAGGACAGAUCCUGACAGAUUUUCAGAACUGGCCAAGUGCUUGGUGUGCAGAGCAAGGGGGAAGAAGAGAGGGCACCAGUGGCUGCUGGAUGAGAGCCACGAGGCGUCCUACGAUGACAUCUCUGUCUUUGUCAUCCCACUGUUCAAGAGGGAUGAGACUGACUGUUGGUAUGACACACGGGAUCUCUGCUAUUCAGCAUCCACCUGAGACAGAGGAGUUUCUGCUGCACACCUACACUCUCCUCCAGCAAAACCAUCUGCAGAGGAACCUGGAAAUGCACAGCCAGCACCUAUGCACAUCAACAGGAACAUUAGCUCCUUAAGAACGUGCAGGAGAGGAAUAGCAGGCAACAAAUCAUUCCUCUGACUCCUUUCUCAUUGUCAGGCCAAGGAGAAAUUACAUGAAAGCGUCAGCUGCACAGGCUGAAGGGAACCAAGGUCUUUGCAGUACAGCAAGGCUCCAUCCAGUCCACGUUUCUAGCAACCCCUCUCCCUUUUUAAUAUUGAAGAAUGAGGAUCAGCUGAGAUGCAGCCAGUCUCAGCAGCUGGCUUUUCAUCAGACUUGAACUAAGAUGUGUAAAACUGGAUGCACAAGCUAAAGCAUCCCCCAUAUCUGUACAGACUGCCUGGGAGCUGCUGCUGAGAGCUGUAGGUACAGCCACGGUGCAAAUGGGAGCAGCAGCCCAGACCUCCUCAAAAAGCUGCCAUUUGUAGGCAGCACCACCUCCAAGCAGACGAUGUUAGCAGAUGAAGCUGCACGUUGGUGUACAGACCGUGCCUUACUUUUUUAUACAAUGCAAUGUUGAUUUCUAACAAAUCUUAAGUCCAUGACACUUGCCAACACUUUUCAUUCAGGUAAUUUCUGGCAGCAAAGUUAGUUUUGUAGCAGUGACACCAAUGAGAACCAAAGUUUAAGUGCAUCAGCUGAUUUAGUAUGAGGGCUCCAAGCAAAAUAAAACUGGUUUGUUCAAA